UGAAUAUAGAGUUUCUUUGGUUUUUAGGCACGAGGACGAUCUAGCCUUGCUUAAGCUAAUGCUGCCGCUUGACUUCGAAGGCCAAAAACCGAUCUGCAUCGUAAGUGAAACGUAUCAAAAGCAGGUCGAAAGAAUCCAAACAUUCGCUAUAUUUGAUAAUGUGAAAUCAAAAGAAUUUAGUGCUAAACCUUGGAAUUCCCAAAUGUGCUCGACUUAUGUUGGAACGGAAUUAGAUCAAAAUCAACUUUGUGUGGAAAAUCCACCCGGAAUGAGUCAGACAAACGAGAUCUCGGGCGACAUAUUGGUAAACAAGAUUAUGGUUUCUGCAAAGCAAUACAUCGUUUUGCUAGGGGUUAUCAGCUUCUCAACUGAGGACAUCCAGAUUCUCACAAAUGUUAUGACACAUACUAAGUGGAUCGCGAGUAAAAUUAAUUUAAAUUAAUAAAACAACCAAUGUGUCUUUUUUCUUAGUUAAUAAACAGUAACAA